AUGGAUGAACUGAUGGAUUUGGAGUUGGAUAGCCCCGCGCUGGGUGGUACAGGGACUAGGGUAUUCGCUGCCAGUCAUGCGUGUGUUUGCAAUCCGCUGAACAAGCCCCAUUAUCCUCCGGAUUGGACCCCAGCCCACUGCGCAUUUACAAGUCAGCACAACACCCCAGAUAAAGCGCAAGUGGAGGGGGCACCACCAACGAAUGGUCUCGCAAUCCCGAACGGCGGUCUCCAAGUUGUCAACCCUUCCCUGGGCGUAUACAAUCGCAUUCUUGAAUGUCUGCAAACCCCCAGCUCCACCUCAAACUAUGACUUUGCGGACCAGUCGCUCCUCGCAGACUUGUUUCCCGGUCGAUGGGUCGCCAUCCCCUAUAUAUAUAAUGCGCUAAAGACUCUUCGCUGGAAAGGCGUCCAUAGCGCGAUCUGGAGGGAUGAAAAAGUGAAAAAUAUCCACUUCAUACUGAGUCCAAAGCCCUGGGACGAGAAAUGGCGCAAGCAUGCGUCGCAUGAAGAAAAGAUCGCAAGAUCUGCGAACGGGAAAGCGGACGAGACUCAUGACUGGUGGUGGAAGAUCACCAAUGAGAGGCACGCCGAAGAAAAGCGUUUGGGCAUUCCUAGAGAUGGAUUUUAG